UAAAUAUAUGACCUUCACCCCGGAAAAGCAUGAAGAGUUGAUUUCUGUCCUCGGAUGAGGUGAAUCUGUUAAAAUCAUGUCUGCUAACAGGAGGAUAACGCUCAUAUUUGGGGGCUUCAUUGCAGCGGUUGCGGUGGCUUUUUAUCCCAUAUUUUUCCAUCCUCUCACUCACACUGAAGACUACAAGCAGAUCCAGAAGAUAAAUCGAGCCGGAGUCAAUCAAGCGGAUGUGCAGCCUGCUGGUCUGAAGAUCUGGUCUGAUCCCUUCAAGCCAAAAUCAUGAUUCCAAGUGUGCGGAUGAAACUGAAUGAAUGAACGUGAGGACUGAUGAGUCACUCACUGAGGAUGGAGUAUUUGAGAUACACGCACUUAAACUCUUCGCUACCAUGCAUUAAAUGAGACUUUAAGGAUGUAUGGAUCUUCUGAGUAUGUAUAUUUUCUGUGGGAAUGAAUAUGAUUGAAACUAGAAUGACCCAAUAACUAAAAAAUAAUUCAAAUAAAGUUCAAAUGAAAACUUUGUUGCUUUGUUAGUCAACAUUUAAAAUAUUAUGUUCAUGAAUCACUUUUGAAUAGUUGUGUUAACUAAUGUUGGUGUAUUAAUGGAGUAACAUGUUAUUGCUUUGUUUUUAUUCUAAAUAAAAUGUGCAUCUUGAAGUGUUCCUCAA